GCGCGCCAUUUUCUGUCAUAGAGAAAGAAGUGAAGGUCCUUGCUUCGCUCAUUUUAUCCACUUCUGCAGGAAGUGCAGUUGUUCCCUCCACGUAUACCUCUGCCCUGUGGAUAAUCCUAUGCUUGACACGUGGAGAAAACCCACUUCCAUACUUCCACUUCCAUUCAGACACCCAGGUGCAACCCUACCCUGAAAAUCAAAAUUGUAACCCUUCUUGUGAGGAGAAAGCAUGGCUUCUCUGCUCUCCCCAGCUGCCACUGCUCUUCAGCAGAACCCUCUUCCUAUUUGUCUCCCUCCUUCAAAACCCACUUCCCAAAAUCAUCUUUCCUCUCUCACAAAUCGAUUUAAAAGAGCCCCAAUAAAGUGCAAUGCCUUUUUGGGGAACUUCUCAGAAGAAGUUUUAGAGCAGCAAUUGUCUGUUUUCCCCAUUUUUCGAUCUGGGUAUGCGCAGUUCCAGAGGAUUUCGAGCGAAAUGCCAGAGAUGGAGAAGUGGGGGAUUCUGGUGGUUGUUGGAUUGACAUGGAUUUACUUGACUGCGAGGCCAGGUGUUCUUCUGGGCGCCAUUGAUGCGUACCUUCUGGCUCCUCUGCAACUGGGUUUGGACAGUUUGGCAGGGAGGAGGAACUUGAAGAGGACUGAUUUUCUUAUAGGGAACAGAGUGGGGGAGGGUUCAUUCGGUGUUGUUUAUUCCGGUGUGAUUGUUCCAAAGAAUGUGAAUGUGGAAGAGAGAGUUCCAACGAAAGGAAGAGCAAGAUCCAUGGAUUUGGAUAGGAGGUUCAAGGAUAAGGUCAUUCUCAAAAAGGUUAAGGUUGGCGUCCAAGGGGCAGAAGAAUGUGGUGAUUUUGAGGAAUGGUUUAAUUAUAGACUGUCAAGAGCAGCUCCUGAAACUUGUGCUGAGUUCCUUGGAAGUUUUGUCGCUGAUAAAACAAGCUCGGAAUUUACCAAAGGUGGAAAAUGGCUUGUCUGGAAAUUUGAGGGAGAUCAGGACCUUGAUGAUUACAUGAAAAAUCGCAGCUUCCCUUUAAACUUAGAGUCUGUCAUGUUUGGUCGUGCAAUACAAGGACUAGACUCUAUUGAAAGAAAUGCACUAGUCAUCAAGCAAAUAAUGCGCCAGAUUAUUACUUCACUCAAGAAAAUCCACGGCACAGGCAUUGUUCACCGGGAUGUAAAACCUGCCAAUUUAGUCGUGACUAAGAGGGGGAAAAUCAAGCUCAUAGAUUUUGGUGCUGCUACGGACCUACGAAUCGGAAAAAAUUUUGUACCCAACCGGGGGUUGCUUGAUCCUGACUAUUGCCCACCUGAAUUAUAUGUGCUCCCAGAGGAAACCCCAAAACCUCCCCCAGAGCCAAUUGCGGCAUUUCUUUCUCCCAUUUUAUGGCAGCUCAACAGUCCUGACCUGUUUGAUAUGUAUUCUGCUGGGAUUGUCUUCCUGCAAAUGGCAAUUCCAACCUUAAGGUCUACAGCAGGAUUAAAAAAUUUCAAUUCAGAAUUAAAGGCAGUUGGAUAUGACCUGGGAAAAUGGAGGAAUUACAGUCGAUUGAGACCUGACUUAAAGAUUCUUGAUCUUGACUCUGGUAGAGGUUGGGAUCUGGCCAGUAAGCUUAUUUCAGAGAGAGGCUUCCUUAGAAGGGGGCGUUUAUCGGCAUCUGCUGCUUUGCGACAUCCGUACUUCUUAUUGGGCGGUGAUCAAGCUGCUGCAGUUCUCUCAAAACUAAGCUUUACCAAGUAGUGAGUUAGCUGGGGCAAUGUGAGUCGAACACCAUCUCUGCCUCUAUUCUUUGUUUCUAUUCUUUAUUCAUUAUCAUUAUUUGUUUAUAUUGCCAACACUGGGUUUUCUUUCGAUGAACAGUUCUCAGUAAAUGGAUGCAGUAGAGUGGAGUGUAAAUCACUUGAGUGGUGUUGAUUUUAGGCAAUGAACCUUAAUAUAUUGAUAAAAUCCUUGGAAAUGACUUAGUUUCUGCUUUUCCCAUCAUCCCGAUUCAUGCCUGUUAUUCUGAUUAUAAUGUUAAUUCCUUAUUGUGUUUCAGUAUAUACACCAGAGUGGGGUAAAAAGGACCGUCUUUCAUGUAUGAAACUAAAUCGAUUCUACAUAAAUCAUUGUCAACAUGCGAAAAACCGUAGCAUCAUCUUUGACAUAUUCUUGAAAAGAAAAGAAAAGAAGGUGAAAAGAGCUCAGGGGUGUGAAUAGCUCACUUGACCCGCCCUGGAAAACCUGCUGCAGUGCCGUUCUUGCACAGUGUAAUUGAGGUACUUCGACCACCAAAUCCAUGCAACUGGUUUCUUCUUCUUUUCUUAACUGAAGGGAAAUUUCUUGAGGUUUUGUUUUGGUCAUUUUAGUAACAUUUUACUUUUAUACAGCCCUCCUUGAUUCUACUUACGGUUAAGCAAGGACUUUGAAAGGUGCAUGCAGGCUAUGAUCGAGAAAGAGAAACUCAAAUGACCUUGAAUCUGCUUUCUAGUUAUACUGCAAACUCUAGAAAACAUAAGAAUCUGUAAACUAGUUAAGUAUAUAUUUCAAAAAAUGUGGUCAAAUAUGUUUCUGUUUGCUGCAAGGAAAAGAACCAAAAGAAUAGGAUGUUGGCUUAAACUUGAUGUUGAUGCAUAAAUGAAAAAACACAUACUGGAUCGGUGCGUCAUCCAUUCUUUCUC